CGUCGUCCCCCGUGCCCGUGAGGGGCUUCUCCCAAGAUGGCAGCUUCGGCUCCGAAGGGUGGGGGCGGCUGCCCCGCCGCCGGCUCUCUCGGCUACUGCCUGGCCCAGCUGCAGAAGGGGACGGAGCCAGGCCUGGGCAAGGCCCUGCUGGCCCUCAGGACCCAGCACAUCAAGGAGGCCGGGGGCAUCGCUCGCUUCAGGAGCCGCGGGGGGCUGGCGCCCCUCCUGGGGGUCCUGGCCAGCGCCCCCCGCCCGCGACGCACCCUCGACCUGGCCCUCAGCAUCCUGGGCAACUGCUGCACCGAGGGGGGCAGCCGCUCCCAGGUGCGCGAGCUCGGGGGGAUCCCGCCCCUCGUUACCGUCCUGAAAUCGCUCGCCGUGGAAAGCAUCCUGAAUCGGACGGCUCGGGCUCUCGGCAACUUGGCCGUAGACACGGAGAACUGCCAGGCCAUACAUGAAGCAGGAGCGGUGCCCCCGCUGAUCCAGAUCCUCGCCACCUCCCAGGACAGCGAGUGUUUGCAGAGCGUGAUCCGAGCGGUGCGGUACCUGGCCGACAGCCCCGCCCAUCGCCUGGCGUUGGCCCAGCAGGGGGCGGUGCGCCCCAUUGCCGAGCGCCUGACUUCCUCCCUGGAUGACGCCGCCCUGGUUGCCGCGGCCGUGCGGGCCCUCCUGGAGCUGACCAAGGGCUGCAGCCGUGACUGUGCCGAGCAGCUGAGCAUGGGGGGCGGGGUGGCCCCCCUGGUGACGCUGACGAGCCACGAUAAGCGGGCGGUGCGGGAGUCGGCCCUGGUGGCCCUGGCCAACCUCUGCCUGCAGGGGAUGCUGCGGCCAGCCGUGGGCAACGCCGGAGGGGUGGAAGUGCUGGUGACCGAGAUCCAAAGGUGGCGGGGCUCCGGCGCUCCGGGGGCCGCCCUGCAUGCUCUGGUGAGGGCCCUCUGCCUGCUGUGCCGGGAGGCAGUCAACAGGAGCCGGAUCCGCAAAGCCGGGGGCCUGGAGCUGCUGCUCUCCCUGCUGCGGGACCGAGGCCACAGUUCCUUCCACGCCCGCGUGGUGGUGGCUUUCGUGGCUUUCUUGUACGACGAAGAGGCCCUGGAGAUGCUGCAGGCCAGAGGACUGGUGCCUUUGCUGGUGGGGAGGCUUGCGGCCCGGGGCCAGUGGGGCGGCCAGGAGCAAGAGGAGGCCGAGGAGCAGGAGGACGGGAGAGACGCCACCUCGUUUGACCUCCCCGCAGAGGGUCGCCGCGGGGAGCAGGCCACACCCGGGGCAGAGUCCUCCAGCUUCCAGAGUCUCAGGUCCUGGCUGCUUUCCGAAGGCUACAUUGCCAGUCCCGGAGACCUGUCCCCACAGUGGUCCCCAGACACCACCCUCUCUGAGCUAGACGCCCAAGGAUGCAUCAGCCCCAAUCAGGAGCUGCAAGACGAGUCCCCGGGGUCCUGCCACGCCACCCCAGGGGUCAAGACCCAGUCCAGGGCAGAGUCCCCUGACUUCUUGAACUGCCCGUUGCUGGAUUUGGCGCUCGUGGAACAGCCAGGCUCUUCUGCGGAAAUAAACCCAGCGGAGGGAGAUGGAGUGCCUCCGGAAGAGACGCUCCCUGUAGCUGCCUUGCCUGUCUCCAAAGAAACUGGGAGCCUCCAUUCCGCACGGUCACCUUUCCUAGCGACUGUGGGUCUGUCAGGGGCCAAGGAGCACGAAGCGGCUGGGGCCGGUCAGCGGGAGGAGCCUCUGGUCACAGCGUUGCCGGAGACAAGCUCAGCGGAAGCGGCCGAGGAAGCAGCAGGGUCAGCCCAGAUUGUCCCGGCCACAGAUGAGAAUGAGCCAGGGGCUGGGAGUCCACACACAACUGUAUCGCUUCCAAGCAAGGGUGACCCAAACCAGCCGUCACCCGGCUUUGUUGCCAGAUCCCCGAAUGCCGAAGAGGCAUGUCCGGCACCCAAAAAGCUGCCCCUUCAGAACUUUCCGGGUUCCCCUGAGGAGUCCAGGCCACCUACCUUCUGCUGGAAGCGACGCACCAAGUUUCGUGUCGCGUCUGAGCAGGCCACACCUCCUCAGGCAUCGCGCCCCAUCGGGGAAACCCCAUCCCCACUGCUCUCCUUGGCCCUGCCGCUCUCUUUCUCUCCACAUGGGGGCGACAGGGAACUGCACGCCCCAGAAGCCCCGGCUCUGCUGCUGCUCUCACGGUUUUCGCAAGCCGAGGAUCCCAGCCGUAGUUUGGUGACGCCGACGGUGUUGCGUGGGCUGCUCCGCUACGUCACGGGGAGCCCCGCCCCUUCGUCCCGCUGCCUGCGGCUGCUGCAUCGCCUCACCUGCAACCCUGCCUGCCUGGAGGCCUUUGUCCGUUCCUUCGGGGCCUCGCUCAUCCGGGCCUGGCUGGUGCUGGGCCUGUCGCCAGAGCAAGCUGCUAGUGCUGCUGCUAUGGAACAGGAAGAGGAGGGGCCGGGGAACCUGGAGGCGGGACGCCACGACCCUGGGAGAUGCAAGGAGCUCGGUGAGACGCUGCUGAUGAACCUGCGUGUACAAGCAGAGUCCCCCUUUGGUGUAGGGGUCCUCAACCACCUGCUGCUGUCGGGCUCCGAGUCGGACCAGGUGGCCUGUGCUCUUGCCCUCCCCCUGAUCUGCAGGAAGGAUUCCCUUUGCCGGAAGCUCCUCUUGGACCACUCCGGCCUGCGCCUCCUGCUAGCCGCCCUGGUGCGAGGCCCCGACCCCCACUUCAUCUUCUACGCCUCCGACUCACUCUCCCUCCUCCUGGGCUCUCCAGCCCCACCUACGGCGGCAGGGGUCUCUUCUCCUGCCUUAAAGCGGCCCCGCUUGGACCCCCCACAGCCUUGUCCUUACCACCAGCUGGUGGACGACGGCAGGGCCGACCUGCACUUCCAGCUUGACGGCGGCACCACGGUGCCCGCCUCGCGUCAGGUGGUGAGCGAAGCCUCCGAGGUCUUCCACGCCAUGUUGAGCGGAGGGUUUGCCGAGUCGUGCUGUGCCACGGUGACGCUCCACGGCCUGUCGCCCGAGCCCUUCCUGGCCCUUACGCACUUUCUUCACGGCUGCCGGGGGGAACCUUGCCCAGUGUUGGGCGUGCCGUUCUCCCUCACUUUGGCGGAAGAGAUUUUGAUGGCUGCGGAACAGUAUAUCCUCCCUGAGCUCCAGUCUCUGGUCGAUGAUGCCAUCUGCCGGGGCUUCUUACGCCCAGGGACCAUCGGUGAGGUGUACCGCUUGGCCGAACGGCAGAACCGGCCCCGCCUGCUCCAGCGGUGUGCCUCCUACGCGCUCCAGGAGUCGGCAGAACCCACCCGGCAAGCCGCUGUGUUGGCUGAACUGCUCCGAUCCACCGGAAAUCCUAGCGGGUUGGCCGAGGAGCUCUUAAGGGCAGUCCUGGAGUCCCCGUGGGGCUCCGGUUCUGAGGGACAGCUGGGCUGAAGGCCUGAGCCCUCGUCUCCUCCCUCUCCAGUCUCUCACACACCACCGCAGUAUCAGUGUUGUAGUGGAGCACGCCAAUGCAGUUGCAGCAGGAGCACUAAGAAUAAACUGGGUGAUCCGUGAAGUUCGACCUGGGCAUCCCCUGGGAGUGGAAAGUAGCACUGAGCACCCCCUCACCAAAGUGGGUUGUGUAUGUGAGGUGGAAGGCAGAGGAGGCCGCUCUGUGUGUUGUGGGGGGGGAUAACAGGGAAGCGAGUUGUGGAAAGGUGGUGGUAAUGUAGCCCGAUUCCGCAGCAGCCUCUCCCCACCCCUUCAUUUGCAGAGACAUUCCCAUCCAGUAAUGGAGGAGCACGCGGUUAGUCUCUGUCUGGUUCCGAGUAUGGCAGCAGUGGAAAGUGGGCGGCGGGUCCCUUUCUUGUAGGGGGAACUCAAGGGAGGGGCUCCCCGUUGCACACCAGGAAUUCAGAUGGGGGACCCCAGUCCUAGGAGGUGACUCUGUAGAAAUUCCCCCUCCACUGUGUGAGAGGGUGUGGCUUCCGAUGGAGAUGUAAGAAGGGGAUCAAUACGUGACGAAAGGAGCCUGAGUUGGGAAGAGAAUCCUGCAGAACGGACCCCUCGGACUCGCUUGCUCUGGGGCUCAUGAGGAGAGAAGGGGGUGGAGGGGGGACUUUGUGAGUUGGGAGGCCGAUCGGAGGGGGCGUGGCUCAUUUGUGCCGGUAGA